GGCUGCUGGGGUGGGGCCCGGCGGGGGUGCUGGUGACAUCACUGUGCUCCGAACUGGCCUUUUAGCACAAGGGCCAGGCUCCAGCGUCGGCAGAUCCCAGACUCCCGGCAGAGCCUCCUCCGCGAGCAUCUUGUCUCAUUCCGUCAGUGAACAUGGCAAACAAGGGACCCUCCUACGGGCUGAGCAGGGAUGUGCAGUCCAAGAUCGAGAAGAAGUAUGACGAUGAACUGGAAGAGCGCCUGGUGGAGUGGAUCGUGGCCCAGUGCGGGGCUGGCGUGGGACGCCCUGAACGUGGCAGACUGGGGUUCCAGGUCUGGCUGAAGAAUGGCGUAGUGCUGAGCGAGCUGGUGAACAGCCUGUACCCAGAAGGCUCAAAGCCUGUGAAAAUCCCCAAACCUCUUCCCACCAUGGUCUUCAAACAGAUGGAGCAGGUGGCCCAGUUCCUGAAGGCAGCUGAGGACUAUGGUGUGGUGAAAACAGACAUCUUCCAGACGGUCGACCUGUUUGAAGGCAAGGACAUAGCGGCUGUGCAGAGAACAGUCAUGGCCUUGGGCAGCCUGGCGGUCACGAAGAACGAUGGACAUUACCGCGGGGACCCCAACUGGUUUAUGAAGAAAGCGCAGGAGUACAAACGGGAUUUCUCCGACAGCCAGCUGAAGGAAGGGAAGAAUGUGAUUGGCUUACAGAUGGGCACCAACAAGGGGGCCUCGCAGGCUGGCAUGACAGGCUAUGGGCGGCCCCGGCAGAUCAUCAGUUAGACAGCCAUGGAGAAGAGAAAACAAACCCCACCAUAGGAACUGAGUCUUUAGCUCCCUCCUGACUAGAGCCCAGCUGCAGCCAAUGUGAAUAGAGCCAGCGGAGCGCCAAAGGCCACCAGUUGGACCGAACACAAAUCCAUUGGUAUUAAUUUAGGUAACUUUUAAACAACACCUAACCCCAGCCCACAAGGCGAUGCAUGGAGUGAGGUGGGGAGACUCCCCCUCCCAAAGUAUUUCUCUAUAGGAGCAGCUUUAUUUCAGCCACAAAUAUUGACCGCUUGCUCCAUUUCCCAAUGUCGCCUUUCCUCUUAGACCUUUGCAUGUUCCCUGCUUCACUCCCCAUGACUUAAUUGUAUUGUGAGCUAGAUUUUUCUACUGUUUUAUAGAGAAGGUUGUUACAAACAUCCUACAAUGUUACACCCGCCCCCGAGAAGGCUAAAUUGGAAAGCACGUACCUAUAGCAUACUUGGAAUUACCCAGCCUUUCAAUAAAUCUUGCACAAGCAAAACCAAGUGCUUCUGUAAAGAUCCAUGCAAAUGGGAAGGAAGUCAACUUAGCCUCUGUUUUGUACUUUUUUUUUUGUCAAAAUUAAAAGAAUUAUGACUCUA